UCAGAAGCUGAACGUGGGCAGAAUGAGUAGAUUGAAACGCAGCGCCGGUCGGUUCCACUGGCCCGGCGGGAGGUAUCGACCGGCCCAAAAGUGGUUUCUGUUUUCAGUUUUACGCGAACGACCGACGGAGAAACACGUUUCUUUAAGCCACGCACGAGCCACCCUCGGAGGAACAUGAAUCGGUUGACGGCAUUACAACUUGUUUUACUAUUCGUCGCCGUCGCUGCGGGACCUGAUCACCAGGAAUAUGACGGUCGAUCAAUGUUGCACGAUUUUCGCAAUCACUUCAUGACCUACGAGCACAUCGAAAUCGAUGAAUGCCCUUUCAGCUACUUGCGAUCCGUCUACUCGGACUACUGUCAUGUGGCGCAAAUUUCGAAGAAUGGCUCCAUUUGCCUGGGGGUGCUGGUCAACGAGUACUACAUUCUCACGACCGCCGGCUGCGUACCGGACGAUUGGAAGCUGUCGCAGGUGCGCCUCGUGUCCAGUUUCAACGUAUCCGUGGUCGAACGACUGGUGUAUCCCAACUACAAGGAGCUUCACGUUGGCGCCGAUAAUGUGCCGAUUUUGCUGCGAAUCAAUGGCAGCACCAGUUUACCGUACGACAAUACCGCUGCCUGCCUGUGGCCGAAAAACGGUCUCGUUUCGUAUGCCAAAGUUCAGGAGAUCGCUUACGAUGCCACGUUGAAUAAGAUGAUUCAAAACACCACUGUUUGCUCGGCGUCGACGCAAGCCGUUUGUUUGGAAAAAACGUUCACGCAGUGGUGUCAACGGAAACCAUCGAGCAGCAUCCUGCAGAUCCGAGACUUGGAUCGGUACUCGAUGCACCCGAUGCUGGUGGGGCUGUUUUGCGACGAGCAGCACCAACUGGUGCCCGUCGCCAGCUACGCCGGCUGGAUUCGGGAGGUGAUUGCCAGCGACCGAAUCUUGUUUUCCAUCCCCAACCCCGGCCUGGGUGAAAAGUGUAUCACGAAGGAUGAUAAGGACGGUGUCUGUUUGCGGCUCGAGUCGUGCCCCAAGUUUUUGGCGGGCCUGAAGAACAAGACGCGCAACGUGACCUCGAUCGAGCAGUGCGGGUUCGAUCAAGGCGAUAUGCUCCACUGCUGCACAACCGAGAAUAUGCUGAAAUCGGAGAGCAACCGCCACCAGCUAGAGGUCAUCGCCAACGAAAUCGAGCACUGCCACGAACUGUACGAGGCGUACCGCAGGACCACCAAGGAACAGCAGCUACACGCGCAGCUUGCCCUUAUCCAAAACGAAGAUCAUAAAGUGGUGUGCACCGGAACUCUCGUGGCUCAACACUUUGUCCUAACGGCGGCCCAGUGUGUGCUGCAAAUUAAGCCGCACAAAAGCACCAUCAAAGUUGGUGUCACCGGAUCGGGCGAUGGGGUGGUGCAGGUGCGGAACAUUGUAGAGACCUCAGUGCACCCGCUGUUUGAUCAUUCGUCCAGCUACUACAACAUAGCCAUCAUCCGCGUCGAUGUACCGAUUCUGGUGACGGAAUACAGCGUGCCGGCCUGCAUGUGGCCCGACAGCGACCGGAUGCCGACGAAGCUAAUCUCGACGGGAUACAGUGCCGCCGUGGACGAGGUCACCGUUAACGUUGUCAAUCCGCUGUAUUACGUGGGCUGCCGGUUGAAGUACUACCGCAACCUCACGCUAACCGAAACCUGUGUCCUCCCGGACACGGACGUUCACUCGUGUGACGAGGUACCCUCGUCGUGCGCCGAGUCCGGCACGGGAAUGUUCAGUACCGUGUACAUGAGCUCCGACUGGAGGCCGGUAACGUACGUGGUCGGAAUAUACAGCAAAGGGGCCCAGUGCGCCCAGAGCAAGCCGGCCAUUUACACGCGGGUUAGCGAGUACUAUGCGUGGGUCAAAAGUCAGCUCUACAUGAUGUCGCAGGAGCAGGACUUCGCGAUGGCUUCGUAUCGCUCCGAAGUGGUAGGAUUCCUGGCACUCGUGAUCAGCUGUUGUUUUGAUGCAGGCAGUGCGAGCCUUUUCCCCCACCGAACCCCCUUACUGGACGUCCCGGACCCGUUGAUGCCGAAUGAGGAACGCAGUGUUCGUGACUGUCCAUUCACCAUUUACUCGUACGGAGGUUAUGCGCUGGCAAGUUCUAUCUUUUCCGAACCAUAUGUCGACAAAACGUACAGCCACACAGUGAGAGUGCAGACCGGGGAGACGGGCUGCGUCGGGAUCAUUGUCGACGAGAAUCAUGUUCUAACGAAAACGGAAUGUGUCGACGAGAACGAUCCGCCCGUGGUUAAGCUCACGAACGAUACCUUAGCCGCAAUCGAGGUGGCAGAAGCGUUUCCAAACCCGGACAUCAACGUAACGCUGCUUCGGCUAAACUCCUCGAUCGAAUGCACCAGACUAGCCGUCCCGGCAUGCUUCUGGGAUGUUCCAUUCGAGCAUGGCUUCGAAAAGCUUCAACAAAUCUUUGCCACCCCGAACGGUACCUUGGGUGUGGAGGAAACAAAGUGCUCGUUUCAAAAUCGUAAAAAAUGUCUCGAUGAGCUGCUGAAGAGUAAGGCGAUUCUUCAAACGCGUGCCAUUGCUGACUACCGUAUGCACCCGUUCGUGCUUAGCUUUGGUCAGGACGAGGCAGGCUUAUCCGUUCCGGUCUCAAAAUACCUCGACUGGAUGGGGAGAGUAACUAAAAACAAGAUAUCAACUAGUGAAUGCGUUUCAAAGUAUGGCCAGUGGCGCGAAUACGAAGAUUCGAUGGUUUCCCGGUCAGAUACCUAUCAGACUGUGCAGUACUCAAAGGGACGGUUCUCCAGCACGAUUCUGGAUAUGUACAAAGUGCGUAUCGUUCCCGACGGCGCGCAGAAGACGUCCAAGCGCCACUGCUACGGCUCUCUGAUCGGACCCAAGUUUAUCCUAACGGCAGCGAACUGUUUGAAACAGCACAAGGGACAAACGUUCGAAGUGGAGAUGGCUCAAAUUUAUUCGUACCCCUCGAGGAACGAGGGCUUCAGUCGGGCCCGCGCCAGCAAGGUGCACUAUCACCCCGAGUUCGAUGCGGUUACAUUGGCAAACGACAUCGCUUUGCUGGAAUUGGCCAAACCCGUUCAUGAUUUCACUCCAAAAUUCAUGCCCGCCUGCAUCUGGACCCACGACAAGUUUCCGGUCGAGGAGUUCCAAACCAACGGCUACACCCCGUUCAAUGAAACGAUCGCCGUAGACCGCAGGACCAAGCAAUGUUACGGCGUGGCCGAUCUAUACAAGGAGUGCCCCAGCAAGGUGGAACCACACAAGGUUUGUGCUGGGUUUCCCACGGCACUAGCCCCAGGUAGUUGUCACAACAGCAUCGGAUCAGCGAUGUCCCGGUCCCUGUACACGUACGAUCGGUUCUACGAGUACAUCUUUGCCAUCAACAGCCAGGGCGAAAACUGUGGCUUCAAUUGGCCGACCGUUUUCACAAAGAUCGCACCGUACGUGCAGUGGAUCGACAGUGUGAUCUUUGCUUCGAAAGUACGGUACGAGGACCAAACCGGCUACUACGGCGAUCGGUGUCAGGAUGAGAAUGGUGUAAAUGGCACGUGCGUCUCCGUGAAGCAAUGCCCCGUGCGCGACAGGGAAGCUCAGGAGGGCAAGGUUGUAAUGCCUUCGCCGAACUGUUCGCCCGGCAAACGAACCGGUAUGGUGGUGUGCUGUUCCGACGAGAAUCUGCUGCGCGACGAAAGUCAAAGUGCAGUGCUUUCGCAGACGAUCAGCGAGCUGGAGGACUGCCCAAACCUGUACCAUGAGUUCAGACAAAAUAAGUCCCGCUUCGGAAGAGGUGACGCCAGCUUUCCAUACGCCGUCCGCAUUCACGACGGUAACAAGGGCUCGUGUAAUGGUACGAUAGUGGCCAAACAGUUUGUCCUCACGACGGCCGGGUGUCACCGAAGCUUGGCGAAGGAAAAUGUCACCGUUGUGGCGGGCAAUUUCAGUCACCAGUAUGUCCCCGUCCAGAGUGCCUUCGUCCAUCCCGAGUACACGGGCGAACCCACGCACUACAACCUGGUGCUCCUCAAGCUGCAGAGACCGCUCGCGAUCGACAAUGGAACCAUCCCUGCUUGUCUGUGGAAUGACCACAGCCACACUCCGUUGCGGCUGGAGGAAGUGUACGGGAGUGCAGAGUUUACGAACCAGUUCCGCUUUCCAAUGUUUACCCACGAAUGUCAGCGAAAGUUUUCGGCGAACAUCACUUCCAUGCAGUUGUGCGUACAGCAGGACAAGAUGUACUACCAGGGCUACAAGCAGCUGAAUUGCGACGCAGGAAGUGCACUGAUCAGCAACUUUGGGCAAGCAGUACUCGGCGCCAAGAACGAGCAAAGAAAGGUUGUCCCGUACCUGGUGGGCUUGUUCGGUGCUAGUAGGACGUCUGUGGUCCGAGCUGACGAUAGCGAAGAAGACAACUACGCGCAGGCCUACGAUGUGUACCAACGGAUGAGCGAGUACUACUACUGGAUCAAGAACGUGAUCGCGGUCGCUAUUCAGCAACCGUAACGGUUGCUUACUAUCGCUUUAUUGGAGCACCAAUUACUUUCUAUAGUGGAUGAUGACUACAAUAAAAGGAACGAACUCACCCAAAGGUGGUCACU